AUGAAUAUCCUUCUAGGUCUGCCUUACGAGAUCCGCUCGCAGAUCCUGACCUAUGUGCUCAAUGACUUCGCAUUAAGUAUCGAGAAGGCGACUAACACCCGCUCGAGCUCAAGCAGGGUCGGCCCAUACACGCCUCUCAGCCAGAAGACCCUGGCAACACUCCCACUCGUCAAUCGGCAACUCCGAGAAGAAAGCCUCGCUAUACUAUGGACGUUGCCUAAGCUCCUGGCUUUCCGUGUCCCUUUCAUCGAACACUUGGAAACCCUACCGCCACUCCUCAACGCCACAUCCAUCACAACCGUCAACUUCCCCUCCCGGUUCGGCAGCCACGCGCUUCUCACUCAGCUACCCAAUCUCAAAGCUAUUGGCGUCUGUCGCAACGCCCUCGGUCGCUCUCCAGACCUAUUCUAUCGAGCGCGGCCCAGGCCCAAGUUCAUCCGUAACCUCACCCACAAGUGGUUGCUGACUUUCAUGCACGAUCCUACCCGCAAAGCGAGAAUCUGGUGUCGCGUCGUCACGAGUCGCAGUAGCUACGAAGACGUGUCGAAGGUCGUCGAGCCGACAAUCACGGCUUGGUCUGAUCUGGACAGACGGGCACAGCCAGCCACAUGGCAAUCGCAGGGGCGAACUGAGGAAAUGCGUCGGGUCUUGAUCGUACAGCGGGAAGCAAUCUGGGUCGAUCUGGACACACGCGCUGAUGUGAGUACGUGGCGAUGGUGUGAACCAACGAAGCAUUUGCAAGAGGAAGAGUUUGACUCCGCGAGGUAUAAUCCACCGCUGGUCCGAGCUGGGCACGCUGUCGGCGGACAGGAUCGUGACGGCGACUUGGCGUUGAUAAUGAAAUGGUGGACCGUUGCUGCUGCUGGAGAACAGAUGGAUAAGAAGCGCUCUGGGACCGAUUUACUGCAAGGCGACACUCGAAAUGCUCGUGAGGAUGGCGCGGCAGUUCCCACAGGUGUUACCUCCCUCCCUGGUGUCGCCUUCACGUACAAUGGCGUACGGGUAAGGGCAUGA